GGCGCAUGUUACUGACGAGUUUAUCAUAGUUAGACAGACAUAACAUUAGCAAUAAGCAAUUACCAAUAAAUGAUUUGAACUUUAUAAAUAACAUCAAAACAUUUUUUGCACUGUGCUAGAAUGUUGAUAAUUAUUAUAAUAAACUAACGCACGUUACUUAAUACUAAAAAUCGAUGUACUAAAAUGUCAACAUUGUUAUUUUAAUUUUAAUAAGUGAGCAUAGAGUGUGCCAUACAUUCGACCAUUUCCUUUUUUUAAUCCACAGUUCUUAAGUGUGUCAGCCACGCUCUUAUUUUCUUUGGACGCUCGCCUUUUCAUCUUGCACCCUUCUUCUUUUCCGGAUUACUCUUGUCCCGUUUCGCUUUUGUACGCGUACCGUGAGAAAGUUGCGUCAACCUCUUUCUACAAGACCUUUUUCUAUUGUAUGCGCUUCCUAAGGGCGGCUGCCAUCUGUCCCAAGGAGCGUAUAUAAGCGCGCACAAGACACCCAAGCGGCAUUCUGAGUCUCGAGCUCGAACUGUAAGCAACUACCUGAACUUGAAACCAAACUAAACAUGCCGUGUGUACCACCACCUAUGUCGCGUACCGACCAGUACAGAAAAGUUAUGAAGCCAAUGUUGGAAAGAAAACGUCGUGCAAGAAUCAACCGUUGCCUAGACGAACUCAAGGAUCUUAUGGUUAAUGCUCUAGCCACCGAAGGAGAAAACAUUCAAAAACUCGAAAAAGCUGACAUCCUGGAAAUGACUGUUUGUCAUCUGCAAAAGUUACGCCAGCAAAAGAAACUCAUCAAGCCCGGAAUGGAGAGCGAAAAGUUUCGUGCCGGAUUCACAGAAUGUGCCAAAGAAGUUUCACGCUGCCUUGCUUCAACUCCGGGAGUCGACGUGCACUUAGGCACCAAGCUGAUGACCCACCUCGGAAACAGCCUCAAGAAAAUGGAUACAGUUUCCCCUCUUGUGAUUCGUGUACCGACCCCGCCAUGCUCGCCAGUGGACUCCAUUCACUAUCAAAUGCCUUUGACACCGCCUUCCUCAAGGGCUUCUUCAAAUGGUUCACCAGCUCCAGUAGAAGAAACAGAAAAUGUAUGGCGACCAUGGUAGAUUGUUCUACUAGAUUUAGGUUAAAUCAAAUGUCUUCCAAUUUGCUCAAUUGUGCUUUAAUAGGUUAGAAUAAUGGCUUUAAUGUUUAAGCAAUAAUUUUCCAAUGUGAUUGUAAUGUUAGGUUCUUGACUGUGAUAUAAAAAUAUAUAUUAAUAAUUUUAUCUGAA